UUUAACUGAAUGCUAUAAUAACAAAAAAAAAACUCCUCAAAUUAUACAUGCAUCGUUCAUAUGGUGUUAUCAUUCUGUGUACAAUCAAAUUCAAAGAUGCCAACGUUUUCGUUGACCUUUCCCUUGGUAGCUACACUUCUCAGACUCCUUUCACGCCCCGGAACUCGAGAACCUUCCUAGAAGCGAGCAAGCAGCAGCUGUGUUCCACGGCGGCAAUUGGUUUCCCACGCCAGAAUUGGAUUCCGCCGUCCGGCCACUGACAGAUAGGCCACGAGGAAUCAAUCAGCCUGUCCCAAUCAGAGGAAUCUGUGGGCGAGCGCAGAGCGGAGCUUCUGGCUGGUGAGUGGAUCAGGGACAGUCCGGCGUCAACCUUGCACGUCGGCUACACGCCUACUCCGCCAAUUUUUUUUUUAUUUUGUUAUGAGAGGCGAAAAUCGAAGAGAAUAAUUCUCUGCGACGAGUAGCUAGUGGAUAGCAAUUGAUGCCGGGCGCUUUCAUAGUCAGCCAUGGUAAUGGUAUCGCAUCGUAGCCACUAAAGUAAGGGAGGGCCCCAGGAAAGAAGCGCUGGUUCGAUGAAGCUGCAUAAAUAAAGCCAGCACGCAAACCAGCAGCGUUCAGAGGAAACCCAUUUACGUAUAUGCCCUUGUCCCGGUUCCUUUCCCCAUCCCCAACUCCAUUAUUUGCUUGAUCCUUGAGAAGAGAGAGGAAGACGAGAGCUAGAAGCGAAGGAGAAAAGCAGUUCUUCAGCUAGGAGGGCACAGGAAGGAGGAGAUGGCGUCAAAGAGGAUUCAGAAGGAGCUCAAGGAUCUGCAGAAGGACCCUCCCACCUCGUGCAGUGCAGGUCCUGUUGGUGAAGACAUGUUCCACUGGCAGGCAACAAUAAUGGGUCCAUCUGAUAGCCCAUAUUCUGGUGGAGUUUUCCUAGUUACAAUCCAUUUUCCUCCUGAUUAUCCUUUCAAACCACCAAAGGUGGCAUUUCGCACUAAGGUGUUCCAUCCAAACAUCAACAGCAACGGGAGCAUUUGCCUCGACAUCUUGAAGGACCAGUGGAGUCCGGCACUAACCAUCUCCAAGGUGCUGCUGUCCAUCUGUUCCCUGCUGACUGAUCCGAACCCCGACGACCCUUUGGUCCCCGAGAUAGCUCACAUGUACAAGACGGACCGGCACAAGUACGAGAACACCGCGAGGACCUGGACCCAGAGGUAUGCCAUGUAGUAUUUUCUCUACCUGGCCUUUGGGGUCGCUGCUGCGUUGUGUUGCCGGGACCUGGACGUGCCUCCAUGUAUUCGUUCUAUCCUUCCUGUAUAAUGAUGAACCGAAUUGGGUUUGCAGUACAGUGCCGCGUGUGGUGCUGAAUGCUGCUGUAUUGUGUCACUUGGAAGCUGUAAUUCUCAGUGUCAAAAAAAACUGGUACUUGGAACCAUUUUGCGUCGGAUGGCGCUGCAGGCCAGUCCAUGCUUGCGUCCUUCUUCCCUUCA